AUGAAGAACAAGAAGUUGACUGAGAAGGCUGUAAAUGAGUUGAAUCAGUACGGGUCACAAGGACACCGUGUUGUACCUGAUCCCAUUGAUUUGAACGCUAUACAUCCUUGGUUGAGUGGCGUCCGUCCCAUGGAUUCUAGGAUGAGACAAGAGGUGGAAUAUUUAGUUGAGACAUACGACAAGGAAUAUGAAAAACUUGAAAAAUCAUCCGUUCUUCCAACAAAACAGGAUGACGACGACCUUGCGAGCAUAGCCCCGUCAGUUGCUUCAAACACCUCGAGGAGAAGUGCUUAUCAUUCGGAUCGGUUAGAUUUUGCAACCCGGAUAAGAUUUGCCAAAGAGGCGGCAAUGAAAGAGAAUCUUGCCAAGAUGAAAAAACACAGACCUUCAAAAAGUCGGAAGGGAAAAUCGGAUCGGGCCGUGAAUAAAAACCUAGCUGUUGCGGUCUACAGCAUGCCUUUACAGCCUCCUGAAUAUAGGAGAUAUAACAAGCGGGAGGGAUUUGUCGCUCUAGAGGAAAAAUUUAGACGUUCCUCUUCUUCUUCUUCAAGCUCCAGCAGUUCUAGUUCAUCUGGUUCAAGUAAGAAGAAAAAGAAGAAAUCAAAAAAGAAGAAAAGCAAAAAACACAAAUCUAGAAAACGUAAAAGUAGUUCAAGCAGUUCAAGCAGUAGCGAUAAAUCCAGCAAAAAGAAAAAUCGAAGACAUAAGGAGAAAGAAGUUGAAAUAGAAAAAGAAAACAAAAAAGAUAGUGAAGAGAAAGAUCAACAUUUGAAGGGAGGAAUGGAGGAGAAUCAGGAGAACACGAUCGAGGAGAACAAGAUUGAGGAUAACCAGUUUAAGGAGGACUAG